CCAGGAUUUUUUUUUCUCAAAAAAAAAACAUAAUCGGAUUCCAUCCGGGCCGGGCUGGAACUCUAGAGCUGGACCCUGCCUAACUUAAAAUAAUAAUGGGUUUUCUAAUCCAAGUAUCAGUGGCCUAUAUCCAUUUGAAAUAUAACAAAUGGGCUAUUUAUAUUUCUGACGUCGGUUUUUCUUGUAUAUAUAUAUAUAUAUAUAUUUUUUUUUUGAAUAUCAAAUGUUUGCUAUCUUAUAUGAACAUAUUGUAAAGUAAAUGUGCCAGCUAUUUCUAUAAGAUCUACUGAGAUAGGCAGAAUAUCAAAAAUAUUAGAUCUGACCAAAUCCUUUGACAAUACUAAUUUUAAUACACGAGUUUUCGAAUCUCAAAUGUGAAUAGUAUAAGACAUUGAUUUGUCGAAGCUGGUUCAGGAUCAUGAAUAUUGAUUUACAAUUUGGAUAUCGAGAAUUAUGUCUAUUUCAUAUACUUUUUUUCCAGUAUGGUAUUGUGUAUAAAUAUGUGUGAUCAACUUGUUAUAUAUAUAACUUAAACGAUGGUUUAACGUUUAAACAUAGGGGAUCCAAUUGAGAGCUUCUUUCUUUUAUUUUAUUUUAUUAAUUUGUCACGAUUUUGAGUUAAUUAAUAGUGCCAAUAUUUCUAUGAACAAUUUUAGCUACAGGUAAGAAAACAAAAGAUAUUAGAGAUUUGGUGACUAAUAAGCAGAAUGACCGAUUCUUCAAUCAAAGAUAUGGUUUAGUUAUUCAUUUAUGAUAAAAGUAUCAUAAUAAGGAAUUAACGGAUCGAAUCAUGGCUUCUUCUAAGGUGGGUGGUACACUUGUUCAACACCGUGUGAGUAAAGUCAAAUUGCAAUCUCUGGAUCACAAUUUUAUUAGUAUAGUGAUUUAAAGAAAAAUCUUUAAAAGUAGAAUUAAGGUUGUGAAAAUGUUGUGAUAUAUGGUCUCUCGGACUUGCUUGUGGACAUGGUGGACCGAUAUUUUUAUCUAAACUUUGUUACAUAUAAAAACAGGUACAUUUUGGAACCUCGUGGAACUGUAUAUGGCUUUUCGGAUGUUAAAGUCCUCACUGAACCAAAAAGGUAUAUUUAGAUGAAAACAAUAAAGUUGAAUUAAAAGUAUAAGAAUAUAAGAAACUGUGGAUUAGUAUAAGAUUAUAAACACUCGGUAUAUUGGCAUCAGAGAGACCAUUCUCUAUUAAAGAUUUUUCUUUAAAUCACUAUACUAAUAAAAUUGUGAUCCAGAGAUUGCAAUUUGACUUUACUCACACGGUGUUGAACAAGUGUACCACCCGUAUAAGAUUAUAAACACUCGGUAUAUUGGCAUCAGAGAGACCAUUCUCUAUUAAAAUCCUGAUUAAAAUAGUUUUAUAGUUCAAAUUAUGUUGGUUUACGUAUCUAAAAUGGUAAAAUUAACAUGUUGACCCCAUUCCCAUCAACACUACAUUUGUUUCACAAAAAAAAAAUCAAUAUGUUUAAUUAUUUAUUUGCAUUGUCAAAUAAUUUAUAGUUAAAUUAAAAAAAAUAGGAUAUUAAAAAGUGAGAUUCAGUAUUUUAAAAUUUGUUUGAAAAUCUAUUUAAUUAAUCUAUUAAUAAGGAAAUAAAUUUAGUUAGAAUACUAUACUAUGUAAUUUCAUAAUUAUUCUCUUACUGAGAUCUUAAUAAAAUUACAUAUAAAUAAUGGCAUUUUAAUAAUAUAACAUAUGUCUAUAGGUUGAUUUCAAAUAAUGGUUUUGCUUUAAUAGUACAGAUAUCUAAGAUUUUUGUCUAACAUAUUUUCUAUUCAUAUAUGUAUUGCCAAUUUCUAUAUAGUUUUCUAAAAUCUAUAAUUCUUGUAAAUAGAAAAAAAUCGGUAAUUCUUUUCAUAUACGAAUUUAGAAAUAUCAAUAAAGAUAUAAAUAUUCUUAUAAACUAAUAAAAAAUCAUUAUACUCAUAACUAAAAUUUGAUAACAUUUUGUUAAUGUUGAUUUUUUUUGUUCUUUUACCAACUGUUGAUUUAUAUGUUUAAAUACUCACCAGAAAUUGUGAAAUACUUCUAGUGAAAAGUACACAGCCGAUUCAAAAUUUGAUGGAAUGUUGCAAUUCAAUCCAAUAAUGUUCGAGAUAUGCUAAUGCUAUUUUAUAGACUUGGUUCAGGUUUAUUUUGUAAGCUAAUUGUUGUUGAGCUUCAAAGUUAUAAUCUCUAAUAUAAAUUUAUUUCUUUUUGUUAAUUAAUACAUUUAAUCUCUCAACAACAACAACAACAAAAACAAAAACUAUUGAAAAAGAAAAAGAAAAAAAGCUGUCAAAAUCUACGGGAUCCAAUAAUAAAAUAAACUAACAUAUUUAAAUGUAUAUAUAGCCAGCCUAUUACCUGGAUCCUUAGCCAAACAAAUCUGUAUACUUCUUCCUCAUAUAUCUAUAUAUUAUAAAGUUGAGAAAGUGACAACCAAAAAAAGAUCAGGACAGAAAAGGACAGAAAGAUAGAGCUAAAAUGGAAGAGACAAAAUCAAGAUUCAGGAGGAUCUGUGUCUUCUGCGGAAGCAGUUCCGGCAACAAGACCACUUAUCACGACGCUGCUCUCCAACUCGCCCACCAACUGGUGAAGAGAAAGAUCGAUUUGGUGUAUGGAGGAGGAAGCGUGGGGCUAAUGGGUCUCAUAUCUCAGGCUGUUCAUGAUGGUGGUCGUCAUGUCCUUGGAAUCAUUCCGAAGUCUUUAGCACCAAGAGAGAUCACCGGUGAAUCAAUUGGAGAGGUUAUAACAGUAUCGACUAUGCACCAAAGGAAGGCUGAAAUGGGUCGUCAAGCGGAUGCCUUCGUCGCACUUCCUGGUGGAUACGGGACAUUUGAAGAGUUGUUGGAAGUCAUCACCUGGUCCCAGCUUGGGAUCCACACUAAACCGGUGGGACUACUGAAUGUGGAUGGAUUUUACGAUUCCCUAUUAACGUUUAUAGAUAAGGCAGUGGACGAAGGCUUUGUCUCCUCCACGGCCCGCCGUAUCAUCGUCUCCGCCCCGACCGCUUCUCAGUUGCUCCAACUUCUCGAGGAGUAUGUUCCAAAGCACGAUGAUUUUGUGUCCAAAAUGGUGUGGGACGAUAUUACGGACGCUCCCACAUCUGAAGGCGAUUCGUGUUAGAUUUGCAUUACAUUAGUCCGCUGUUUCUCGAAUCUCAAUUUUUUUUGUCCAUUACUAUUCAAAAGAUUGAUUCCUUUAUGUAAUCGUAUGUCAUAUUUGAAUUCUAAUUAUUCAAACUAAAAAUUUAUUAUAUUAAGAAAUUUUGUUGAAUAGAAUAAUAUCUGCCUUUCCUAUUUGUUUGGUUCUAUUU